AUGUAUCACGACAAGGUAUCUGAUGUGACGCUUUCGUUCCGCACAGUCGAGUUCUACUUGCGCCCGAGCGGCAGGAUCAAUCUGCGCUUGAACAACUUCACCUUCUACAAGCACUUGAAGGCGAGGACCAACGCUCACCGCUGGAGCUGCACCGCGUACGGCUCCAAGUGGAAGUGUAAGGCCCACCUCAUCAUCACGGACAAGCUCGAAGUGCUCAAAGCGAACCUCGCGCACAGCCACCCGCCUAGCGCCAGAAGGGAUUCCCUCAAGCCCAUGUACCAAGCGGCGAACGGCGUGGGCGUGCCCAGCCCUCGGAUAGACCACGUCCACCCGGUCUCCUCUUUACACGACUACUUCAUGGCACACAGCGUCUUCAACAACUUU